AAGAGUUUGUACGCAUUAACGGUUAGGGGUAUCGUCGCUCCCUGCGGAGUGUUAAGUAUCUCGUCGGUGUUCCUUCGCCGUUCGUCGUCUGCGACGUGUAUCUAACCCGAUCGUGGUGACCUGCGCGAUUUAAACGGUGACGCGACACCGUGUAUGGAAGUGUCGCGGGAAAAAAGCCGGUGGGUGACUGCCGAGCCGCGUGUGUCCUAAUCAAGUGAAUGUACAUACACGAGUUAUCGUCGUGAGCGAACGGUUGUCGCGAGGGGGUUAGUGGAGGCAUUCGGGCAGAUCGCUACAGUGAUACGCGUCAGGCCGCAAGUUUCGGCUCGAAGAACCAAACGGAGCAAAGAGGUACGGGAGUGAUCGAAGAAAACGGAGCGAGCGAAGCGGCGAGGAAGAGUAAAAGGGUGGAAUGCGCAUAGCCGAAUGAAUCGAACAGAUAACGGUUCCCGACUCGUGCCGGCGUUUUGACGUUUCGUAUUCGUGGUUACGAAGGGUUUUCUCGAUCGUCACCGUACCACGUAUGAUGGAUGCUGUCGCGCGUGUCUCGUGUACGCGACGCUAUCAAGAACAGACAGAGCGUCGAGUCGCACAGGCAACGGCGUUCCAGUGAGUUUUUCCGUAUACCGUGCCGUGCCGUGUCGUCGGUGCAGUGCCCGCGUGCUUUUUCAACGAUUGUACUAGCGCCGGGGCGAUAGGCAACAAUAAAACGCCGGUAGCGCUGCUACGAGCGAGAAAGAGAGAUUACUCUCACGGUUCGAACCAACGGUUGAGUGGUGUUUGUGCGCGCGCGGAAAAAGGAAGCAGUUAACCGGGUCCCUCUCUUGUUCCUACGCGUACAGAGUUACCCGUGAGUCGUUCCCUUCUCGCUCCGCUACCGGUCUCCUCUCGGUCAUCCUGCCACGGUGACGUCGUGGCCGUCGGUGCUUCUUCGAUGAUAAGCACGUGUGCGUGCCACUACCUGCUGCGUGUACGUGCGUGCGUUAGAGUCGCGAGCCGCGUAUCGGCGUGCAGUUAGUGACCGGCGCUGCGUUACCAUUUAAAUCUACGUAUACGAAAGUACCAUCGCCGGUACAGUUUUUAUUUUGGUUUGUUCCUCGUUCUGGUUGGUUUAUUUGGUUCGACGUCGUUCCCUUAUUUUGUGUCGAGAUCGAUCAGUUACGAACGGAUCACCGCCGUAAACAUGGAUAUCCUGCCGAGUGGGAACAUAUUUAGGGAGUUGCAAGACAUACACGACACCGGAUACUUUUCGGCCCAGCCGUCGCUCGAGGAUCAUUGGCAACAGACAUGCUACGAGAUGGAGAGGUACCUGAAGGACGAGCCGAAGCUGCAGUCGUACAAAAAGUUGCCCACGGAGUUGGACACGGCACCCUGGAACCUCUUCAGGGCGCCGCCGAUCUCGUGGACGGCCUCCACGGGCACCGCAAACGCACAAUUCGAGUCGCCGAUCAAAGUGGAGAUGACGACAACGUCGGAAGACAGGGAAGCGCUCUGUAUCGACGACAUAAAAUUCAGUCCCGGCGAUCACAACCACAACGGCCGCGAUAGGGAUCUCCUGGACCGACACCUCGAUUCCUUGUCGAUGUCGUCGGCGAGUUCGGCGUGUUCGGCGUUGUCUUGGGACAGCUCGCCCUCCCUCUCGUGCACGGCACUCAUUCUCAAGAAAGAGCCCAGCGAGGAUCUCGAAGAGGAUGAGGAGCACGAGGAAAUCGAGGAGGAGGAGGACAGCGGCUGCGAGAGCGAAGGUCAGAUCCUGACGCCACCGUCGAGCCCCGGCUCGGGUCAAGGUCAUUCCAACUCCAGUCACUCGUCGAGCGGGAGUUCGAUGCUCGACGUGCACAACCUCAACCUUCAUGGAACGGGUGGCAGGAGCGCCAUCGUCAGGGUUACCACCAGCAACGCGCAGGGUGUCGCAAGACUGAUCUCCGUCACAGCGAACGGCUACCCCGCGGUUGCAGGCACGCAACACGCACAUGCAGGGGCCACUGCAGCUGCAAGCACCGUAGCUAACAGGCACCACGCGAGGAGCCACGAGCACAGCCCGCCUGACACGAAGCGCAGGAUACACAAAUGCCAAUUUCCGGGAUGCAAGAAGGUGUACACCAAGAGCUCGCAUCUGAAGGCCCAUCAGAGGACGCACACGGGAGAGAAGCCGUACAAGUGCAGCUGGGAGGGCUGCGAGUGGCGAUUCGCGCGCUCCGACGAGCUGACGCGCCAUUAUCGCAAGCACACCGGCGCGAAACCGUUCAAGUGUCGGCACUGCGAUCGAUGCUUCUCUCGCAGCGAUCACCUAGCCCUCCACAUGAAGAGACACGUGUAAUCGAUCGUUCCCGCGAGCGGUCCUCCACGCGCGUAGCUGUCCAGGACCGGCGCGCGAGGCUCCUUCCUGCCCCGACGAUCCCCGAGGACGCCCAGCGACGCGAAGUCCUCGUGAUCGCGUUUCUUCCACGGACGCCCUCCGACGAUCCAUCGAAUCAUGACUCGAACACGUCGACGGGGCGCACGGUCCCACGGAUUCGUCGGUCUGACGAUCGUUCGACGUCCGACGCGUCGAUAAUUUCAACGAAGCAUCGACGAUCAGCGCGACGGUGCCGCCGGGGAACGUCCACUUCCGGUGGUGAUCGCGUUCCGUCGAGAAUCGCGUUUAAAUCGCUGUCGAUUGACGCGUGCUCUUUUCCGUUCCCCUCGUGGCGGGUCUCACGCGACGCAACGGCGUAGGAAGCACGCUCGACGCUAUACUCUGCGCGUCGACGAAACGACCGGGAAGCAGAGGCGUAGCAAUCGAUCGGUCGGAGCCACCGGGACGCGAGUAGCUGGAAACCAGCGCGAUGGAGUCUCGAUCGGGAUCGUAAUCACUGCCAAUUCAUUAAAUUCUAAGAUCGUCGCUACGCGGUCGAGCGACCACCCACCGAGGAUAGGAAAAGAGCAACCGUCGUCGACGAAACGAAACGGUGCCCGCGUGCCCUGCAAGCCGUCUGCCUCCACGCGAAACGAUUGAAUCCAAGAUCGACGCGAAUCGAGAGGAUCGAGAGCGAUCGAAGGCGUCGCGACCAGUUCGAACGAAAGUCGAGGAGUCCCGGUUCGCGAGGACAAUAAUGCUGUCUGUCGGUGCCAAAAAAGAUACGUUAUUUCCUAUCUCAUUUCUCCCGCCACUCUUCUCUGACACACACACGCACACGUGUACACGUACUAUCUCUCUCUCUCUUCCCGACGAACAGAGGCUUCGAGGAAAGGCGUUCGCGGUUCGAAAACGCGCUCGCGGCGCUUAUCGUGCUCCGAUCCUUCGACCCGGGGCUGCUGCAAUAAUCGAAAUUCUGUUCGCGGGGCGCUGGAACAACGCGGUACCGCGGGGGUGGCGGAGAAGGACGCGGGGGAGGAGGGGGGGAGAAGCAGGACGAGCCGUAAUUGAAUACGUGAUUUCGGCCAGUUUCGACGGAAGCAAAGUUUACCGUGUCGCGCGCUAAUCCCGAAUUUACAGUGCGAAUUACAUCGCGAGGCUCCGCUUCUCCGCGCCUCCCACGCCUCCAUCCCUCGCCCCCCCCCCCUCACCCACAGGUUACCCUUUGUUCCCGUCGAGUCGCGGAUUCGAUCGUUUCGCCAUCGACGCCCGUCGCGAGCGAUAUUUUUCGCGGGAAGGAUCCCCCGGUUCUUGCUCGAAGAAUUCGACGGGAAUUGCCGGGGGCUUCUUUCCGGUAGCGGCGCGCGUCCAAUGGGUUUUUAGACAAACGAAUGAAAAACACGAAAACACGGAAUCAGACUUUGUACUUUUGUACGAUUGCUUUUCUAGGCGACGUUCGUCGCGCUCGGGAUCGGGGGAGAAGAUUCACGUCGGAGGCUCAACAGAAAUAAAUGAAAUAUAUAUAUAUUUUUUAAUAUUCUCGUCUUACUCACCGAAACAAUAUAUAUAUUAUACAUAAGGGACAAAAUAAAACGGGCAACAUUCCGCACAAAGCUCUAGAACCGUUUCCACGCGUCAGGCUCGGCCCCCCCUUCCCGGGCGCGUCAUUUCCAACCCCCCACCCCCCCUUUCCUCUCGCGAUCGCGCGCGCCGAACGGAGGCCAGACGGCGGGCGUUGCGCGGCAUCGUGCCCCAAAACAGCGGACGUGUAAAAUGUAAUUAACGAUCACAGGUACAGGAGAUCGAGAAAUUGAUCGGUAAUCGAACGCCGUUAGCUACGAAAGAUUAAAAAUUUUGCUGAUUUACGAUUGCAGAUUACGAACCUGGUUUCUGAUUACCGAUCGAUCCAACGAUCUCGAACGACUCGGAACCGCAGGGACGCGAAUCGUUGUUCGCUGAUCGUCGAUCUUCGAGAAUCACGCGUCGGACGAGAGAGAAUUGUCGGGAGGGACGAAAAGGGGCAACGCGAAAAGCGUAUCCGGGAGUCUGAGUAACGAAGAACCGAUGGGGGUCGCUCAUCGAACGAGAGGAGAACAAAAUAGAGUAGUAAUAUAGUAAUAAUGAUAACGAUAAUACCGAGAAUCGAGCGGACGAUCGAGAGGCGGACGAGUUCUACCGCUUAAGAAGACUAAUCUUUACCUGAGAGGGUUACGAGGUCGGCGAGCAAAACGAAGAUAAGGGAAAUAAAUAACAAAAAAAAAAAACUAAAUUUUAAAUGUUGAGUGGCCAAAUAAAUUAACUGAUAACGCACGUAGAACGUAAAACGAUACCGUACCUACUAAGUAAGCCUGACUGACGAAGAGUGUCGACGCGUCGUUGGCGCGAGCGUGUGGCUGCGUGUGUAUAUGUGUACGCGCGCGCGAGCGCGUAAAUUCAAUGUGUCUGCACGCGAAGAGGGUGC